CGGUGCGCUGUGUCCCUCCGACACAGCGGAUCACCGAUCCACGGAAAAAGCCGAAGAUGUUGGCUCGGUCAUGUGAUCAACUGUGUCCAAUCACAGCUGAUCACUGAUCAUCAGGGCACUGAUGAUCAGUGUGGCCCCAGAAGUGCCACCUGUCAGUGUCCAUCAGUGCCCGUUGUCUGUGAUGAACAGUGCCACGUACCAGUGCACAUCAAUGCCACAUCAGUGCCACAUAUCAGUGCCUACCAGUGCACAUCCAUGCCACAUAUCAGUGUCCAUCUGAGCUGCCUUUCAGUGCCACCUAUCAAUGCCAAUCAGUGCCACCUAUCAGUGCUGCCAAUCAGUGCCGCCUGUCAGUGCCGCCUAUCA